AUGAAUUCAGUCCCGGUUCUUAAUGGUGCAAAUUUUAAGGACUGGAAGGAGAACAUUUUAAUUGUUCUUGACUGCAUGGAUCUUGACCUUGCAUUAAGGAUGGAGCAGCCCCCUUCUCCGACAGACUCCACUACUCCGGAGGAAAAGAAAAAUUAUGAGAAGUGGGACCGCUCCAAUCGUAUGAGUCUUAUGAUCAUAAAGCGUGGCAUUCCAGAGGCAUUUAGGGGUACAAUAUCUGAAGAAAUAACAAGUGCCAAAGACUUCCUUGCCGAAAUUGAAAAGCGGUUUGCUAAAAGUGAGAAGGCGGAAACAAGCACACUCCUUCAAAGCUUGAUUUCUAUAAAAUAUAAAGGCAAAGGAAACAUAAGAGAGUAUAUUAUGGAAAUGUCUAACAUUGCUUCCAAACUUAAGGCACUAAAACUUGAGUUGUCGGAUGACUUACUCAAGAAGAGAGGAUGA